AUGGCGGGGCCGGGGCCGGGGCCGGGGCCGGGGCCGGGGCCGGGGCCGGGGCCGGGGCCGGGGCCGGGGCCGGGGCCGUACCGCGCCACCCGCCUGUGGAACGAGAUCACCAAGUACUUCCGAGCGGGAAUGCCCCUGAGGAAACACAGGCAGCACUUCAGGAAGCACGGGAGCUGUUUCACUGCCUCGGAAGCUGUGGAUUGGCUCCAUGAGGUUCUCAGGAAUAACAGCAACUUCGGCCCCGAGGUGACCAGGCAGCAAACGGUGCAGUUACUGAGGAAAUUCCUCAAGAACCACGUCAUUGAGGAUAUAAAAGGGAGGUGGGGAGCUGAAAAUCUGGAAGACAAUGGUGCCUUGUACAGAUUUCCUUCAACAUCUCCAGUUAAACCUCUACCAAGCCCGCCAAGAGAGAACUUGGAAAACUUCCCUACAGACAAAGAAAAACUUUUUAAACUGCCCCAUUUAUCCAAGAGGACUUUGAAAAAACACGAGUUACUGCAGUCCCUGGAAAACCUAGAAAAAACAAAACCUGAUGUGAUAAAAGAGAACAAGGAAGACACACUACAAAGGAAAGAAAUAAGCCAGCAAUAUGUGCAAGAAACUUGGAGAAAUAUCAUUCUGAUACAUUUGCAGACCAUCCUGGGCCUCCCGUCGCUGGAGGAGGUUCUGCAGCCAGCACAGGUGGUCCCUGAGCACGUCAUGUACAACAUGAGCAACACCAGCAAACACGGGGUGGUGAUUCUGCAGAACAAGUCAGAAGACCUCCCUCACUGGGUGCUGUCAGCUAUGAAGUGCCUUGCAUACUGGCCCAGAAACAAUGACAUGAGCCAAACAACUUACAGUGGGUUUGAACGGGACGUGUUCAGAACAGUUGCUGAUUAUUUUCUCAGUCUCCCAGAGCCAUUACUUACUUUUGAAUACUAUGAACUUUUUGUUAAUAUUUUAGAUCUCCUGCAGCCUCACUUGGAAAGGAUUGCUGUGGAAGCUCUGCAGAUCUGCUGUUUGCUGCUCCCACCCCCAAACCGUAGGAGGCUCCAGCUCCUGAUGCGGAUGAUCACCCGGAUCAGUGGGAAUGUUGACAUGCCACGGCUGCACAAUGCCAUGGGCAACAGGUCCUUGCUGAUCCAGACGUUUUCCCGCUGUGUGCUGCGCUGUGCAGAGGAAGCGGACCUGGAUGAGCUGCUUUCUACACGACUGGUUUCAUUUCUGAUGGACCAUCAGCAGGAAAUAUUCCAGGUCCCAACUCACCUGCAGGUCGCUGUGCGAGACCACCUUGAAUACGCGAGGGUGGCUCAGUGCAAAUGUCCCAAGGAAGAAAUUUGUGCCAUAUUGCCAACGUAUUCCUACUGCAAACAAAUCACUCCUCAGGAGUUCGAGGAACAAAAGGUUUCUACCUCUCAAGCUGCAGUGACAGAGCUCUUGGAGAACAUUAUCAAGGAUAAAAACUUGUCUGUGAAGGACAAAAAGAAAAAGUUAAAGCAGUUCCAGAGGGAAUACCCCCAGAUCUACCAGAACAGGUUUCCAACGACGGAGAGCGAAGCGAUGCUGCUGGAGAACAAACCCACCAUCAAGCAGCCCAUGCUCAGCCUGAGGAAGCCCAGGUUUCGGAGCCUGAGGUAUUAAUGUCACCACACUUGAGGCAUUUAUCUCCUGGAUGUGAGUCUGAGUGAUUCACCAGAGGAAUUGCUGCAGGAAUUUGAUGCUGGCUCUGUGUAGAAGGAAGAAAUGUUUACAUGGAUAAGGUGCUGAAAGGUGCCAAAAUACCCUUUUUUUUAUGCAGAUACUUUUGAAUAACUUCUAAGAGAGAAAUAUUUAUCUGUUUACAAAUUAUUACAAUAUAAUGUAUGUAGGAAAAUGUGAAAAUAAGCACAAAGCUGUUGUUAACCAAAAAUUUAUAUAUGGUUUUCUAUGGGAAACUAAUGACCUGCCUCUUGUAACCUUUUAAUGUCUGGUCAGGAAUUUGUGCCAUUUAUUGUAGUUUGUGUAGGUUUUAAUGUCUGUGUAUUGUGACUAAGUGCCUUCUCUAUUCUCAAAAUAUUUGUCUUUAAACAAAAGAAGUUCUGUGAGUUCAGGACCAGGAGAGCCAAAAGUUCACCAUGAAUUAUUAUCUGCCUCCCUGAAAUGCUUGUGUUUAUCUCAUCUGUAAAACUCUCAUUAACUUUUCUAUAUUUAUUUAUAUUAAAAGUCUUUAAGUAUA